CUCAAGCAACAUGCCUGCGAAUGGUUCUUUCGUGGUCAACAAGACCAGCAAGUUCGCCGUGUUCGAUGUGAAAGGCGUGACACAAGACGCGGGCGCGGCGUCCUCCUCCUCCUCCGGCGCAGCAGCUGCUGCCGCCGGUAGCUCAACGACGGCAGCAGCAUCCUCCGGAAAGGGGAAGUCUUCCAACAAGGGGACUAAGGAAGUGGUGCUUGAGGCACCCCCGUUCGACGUUAGCCAGCUCAAGGCGUCCGAGUGCUCGUUGGAAGAGCGCUACGAGUUGUGCCGGAGUGUGGCGGACGAGUGCAUCCAGGAAGAGGAACUUAAGCGCUUGUUGGAAGCACGAGCACACCCAAUCUGCUACGAUGGCUUCGAGCCCUCCGGACGCAUGCACAUCGCUCAGGGAGUGAUGCGAGUGAUCAACGUCAACAAGCUCACCAAAGCGGGGUGCCAUUUCAAGUUCUGGGUCGCGGAUUGGUUCGCUCAGCUCAACAACAAAAUGGGGGGUGAUCUCAAGAAGAUUCAGACCGUGGGUAAGUACAUGAUCGAGAUCUGGAAGGCGACGGGGAUGGACAUGAACAACGUGGAGUUCUUGUGGGCGAGCGAGGAGAUCAACCGACGGCCUGCUGAGUACUGGGGCCGUGUGAUGGAGGUGGCGCGCCUCAACAACCUCUCCCGCGUGCAGCGGUGCGGCCAAAUCAUGGGGAGGGCGGAGGCGGGCGAGAUGAGCUCAGCGCAAAUAUUUUACCCUUGCAUGCAGUGCGCCGAUGUCUUCUUCCUGAAGGCGGAUAUCUGCCAGCUAGGGUUGGACCAACGCAAGGUGAACAUGCUCGCGAGAGAGUACUGCGACAUGACCAAGCCCAAGAUCAAGUUCAAGCCAGUCAUCCUGUCCCACCACAUGCUCGCCGGCCUGAAGGAGGGUCAGGCCAAGAUGAGCAAGUCGGACCCCGAUUCGGCUAUCUUCAUGGAGGACACUGCAGCGGACGUGAAGCGGAAGAUCAAGAAGGCUUACUGCCCCCCCGAGGUGGUGGAGGGUAACCCCGUCCUAGACUACUGCAAGCACCUGCUCUUCGCGUGGUCUGGCGAGCUGACCAUAUCGUUCCGGGAGGGGGAGCCGAUAACGUACACCAGCUACGACGACAUGGAGAAGGACUUCGUCAGUGGCAAGAUCCACCCCAGCGAGCUAAAGCCGGCGGUCACGGACGCCCUUAACGCCAUCUUGCAGCCCGUGCGGGAUCACUUCGCCAAGGGCGACGCCAAGAAGCUCUUGGACACGGUCAGAAAGUACAAGGUCACGCGGUGA